AUGGAUGAAUACCGACAGAUCACACGCAAGGGUUCCCCACCGUACUUCGCGCGCGGCCUCGCACGCCUCACGCGAAGCCCGUGGCGUGCCGUCGUCAGUGCAAGGCUCGGGGGCAUCUCGACUUGCGCGCUCUCCAACCUGUUGCCGACAGCAAGCAUCGGCCGGCUCGGCGCGUCGCAGCACGACCCGCCCGCUCCGGCGUCCAACGCGCCCUCCUUCAGCGUCGUCUCGAGCGUCGCCGACUCCGUCUUCGGCGGCGCCUCCCGCCGCGCUCGCAUCGCCGAGGGGCUCAACAUCAUCUGCCAGGAGAUCGGCACGAUAUCGCUCCUCGGCGCCGCCGGACGUCUCCAUGGUGGUCACGCAGCCUCUGGCUGGAACGGGAUCUACCUCGCAAGCGAGUCACCCGGGCCGGCGCGCGUCUUCCGAGAGAAGGGCGGGACCUAG